CAUUGCGUUUCUGUUUCCGGUGACGCGGGUAAACCAAGAUGGCGCCGUCUGCAGAUCAACACGCGCGCGUCAUUCCCGGAGGCUUCAGUGUGCUGUCGCUGAGGUUCAGUGAGGAUGACGCUCAUGCUGCUCUUCAUCAGCUGUGUGUUAAAGAGCACCGGGUCCGAGCGGAGUCCAGCACGAACCGACCACUGGACCGAACACUGUUCGUGCUCAACGUCCCUCCGUACUGCACGGAGAGUGUUCUGACAGAGGUGUUCAGCCGUUUCGGGUCUGUCCAGUCCGUGGAGCUGAAGGAGAGACCAGGAGCGUCAGAGACGAGCCACAGCGGGGUGUCCAGACACUUCACAGACACACUCAGACAGUGUUUCAGGGUGGCAUACAUCGUCUUCAAACACGCAUCUGCAGUGAACGCAGCUAAACGGCACCCGGAGAACGUCCCGCUCGUCGUCUCUACAGCUGAGAGACCUGUCAGGACCGGCAUCCACAAGUGGAUCCAGCAGUACUCAGACUCACUGAUCAAAGCUUCAUCACUACAGCAGGACAUCGAUCAGUUCAUGAAUAAUUAUGAUAGACAGAAGGAGGAGGAGGCGGAGCGUCAGAACCAGGAGGCGGAGCAGCAGCAGGAGGAUGAGGAGGGUUGGGUGAAGGUGACGAAGAGCAGCCGCGGCGUGAAAGUCCGCCCACACAGCGAGACAGCCAAUGAGAGGAUGCUCAAGAGGGAGAAGAAGAAGAGCGAGCGCAAGGAGCUGCUGAACUUCUACACGUGGCAGCACAGAAACACGCAGAAAGAACAUAUCGCUGAGCUAAGGAAGAAGUUUGAAGAGGACAAACAGAGAAUCGCUGUACUGAGAGCACAGAGGAAAUUCAGACCCUACUGAUUCAACAUACCCACAAUCCUCGGCACCCGCUGAAUUCAUUUACCCACAAUCCUCGGCCCCCGCUGAAUUCAUUUACCCACAAUCCUCGGCCCCCGCUGAAUUCAUUUACCCACAAUCCUCGGCCCCCGCUGAAUUCAUUUACCCACAAUCCUCGGCACCCGCUGAAUUCAUUUACCCACAAUCCUCGGCACCCACUGGAUCCAUUUACCCACAAUCCUCGGCACCCACUGGAUCCAUUUACCCACAAUGCAUCUGUUGGCUGUCUGCUGACAUGAACGUUCAUUUAAAAAAAAAAAAGUCUGCAGUGAGUCAGUCAUAGAAUUGUGAUAAUUGUGUUUGGAGCAAAAAUAAACCAUUAUGAUGCAGUGUAUGUUUGAGGAAUGUGUGUUAAUUUUUGAUUUGGGUCCUUCGUUUCGCUUUUU